ACACAAUAAAGAGUUCCACAUUUUCCCGCGUGUAUGUCGGACUCGAAUGCCGUUCUAAGACGACUGAACAAGAUACCCGUCUUAAUGAUCAGAAAUGGAAGCAAAAUCAUUCGAUUCUGGCUUGGAUUCAACUGUUUCCAAAUUGGUGUCCAGCCCGGGGUAUCCCCGAGCUGUGCUGAAGGCCCUACACAAGUCUUGGCGAGAGGAGGAGUUCUGUGAUAUCACUCUCCAUGUUGGUGAGAAGAGUGUCAAAGCUCACAAGAAUGUGCUAGCAUCCCUCUCCGAGUACUUCAAGGUCCUCCUUCACAUGGACGCCAAGAACAAAUCUGACGUGGUACUACAUGAUGUAGACUUUUCCAGUCUGGAACUUUUGCUCCAGUUUGCCUACACAGGGUCAGUCGAGGUCACUGGUAACAAUGUACAGAGUCUGUUCAUUGUGGCUGACUAUCUUCAGGUCGAGUUUGUAAAGGAGUCAUGUCAGAGAUUGUUACUCAAAAGUGUUGACAGAAGUAACUGUGUUUCCAUGCUAUCAUUUGCUGCCAAAUUCUAUUUAGAAAAGAUCAAAAACAGAUGUAUAAAACUGAUUGGUCGGCAUCUGGAAGAAGCUAGCCGGAUGGAGGAGUUCUCGGCCAUUCCCUAUGACUGUGUUCUUGAGUUGUUGAGUAAAGAUAAUUUGAUCGUGUUUCGUGGCGGCUACCCCCUUCCCAAUGACCUUAAUGAAUUGGCCAUACUUGAGGCAGCAAUUUGUUACAUUUCCGGGCAGAACGAGGAGACAAAACUGAAUGGAGAACAAAUCUACUCUCUGGUUGUAGCAGCCCGACUGAUCUACAUUGAUUACUGUGAUUGGGAAAAACAUUUAGAGAAUAACUCAGAUAUUCUCUUGGAGGAGAAGCUCGAUACUGUUAGGAAAUACCUCCUGGAUCAUAAAGAUGUCACUAAUAAGGCUCUGUUGAUGUCUAUAAAAAACUGCAGAUCUCCUCCGCUUCACUGGGUGGUAAGACGAGACCAGGAUAACACCAAGAUCAUUCCUGACAGCAAGAAAUACAGUGGUAAAUCUGAUUGCAGUAACUUUUCUAAAGGAUACUUCAAUGAUGGAACCUGCGAGACAUCAAAUGAACGGUCACAGAUUUCCAAGAUUGUCAUUGUAGCACGUUUUAAUGAGAGUCAGAAAGAAAAUGUGAUUGUGGGUAUGGAGGUGUUUGAUAGCUUCUGGCAUCACCAUGGCCUUCCUAAGGACUCGUCAGAAGUGACUGAUGUUUGUGAGGUAGAAUUAGAAAAGGGAGAGGUGAUCGUACAAGUUAAAUUAAGGACUCAAUAUAUGAUGAUAAAUUGUUUAGAAUUUGUCACCAAUCUUGGAAGGAGACUUGGACCAUUUGGGAGUACAGAACCCCCAGACGUUACGUUAGAACCUCCUGCUAAUUUUAGUGGUUAUUUACACAGUUUUUCAGGUGCGGAGAGAGAAUGUUGGGAGAAUGAAGGUAUCAUCUGUUUCAAUGUUAACUGGGUAUGUCACAGGGACAUCGAAAACCCAGACUUUAUAGGGAACUGGGACAUGAAGUGGCAGGAGUUGGGAGAAGAGUUUGGCGAGGAGGAAGAAGUAUACGGGUAUAUAUCCAGUGAUGACUACCCAUACUUCUUUGGGGAGGACAGUGAAGAGGGUGAAUCAGAGGAAGAGGAGCUCGAAGAGGAGGAAGAGGAGAGAGAUACGGAUGAGAGUGAUGAAAGUGAUGCGUGAGUGGAUUGCCUUGCUAUACACAAUGUAUAGAUACAUUGUACCUGUGAUAUAUAGGAUGCCCAUCAGCAGAAUCAAAGGCGGCCAGUACACUGACAGGUACAUGUAGACUAUGAUAACAAAUCUGUACUUUUGUAAGUAUAUACAUGUAUUCUUCAGAGCUGUGAUGCCUUGUAUAUAUAGGCACAGGUGAUCAUGAGAUAGACUUUAUAGUAAAAUGACAUCUGAUAAUAUGAGGGCACCAAUCAAAAUCAGUCCAUAAAACUCAUCCCAAAUUGCUAAAAAUGUUGUACAAUUUUGAUACAAAUUAAAAGGUCACAUUUGGCUACAAUGAAUAUACAGUUGAUGUUUAAGAAUAAGAUGUGUGAAUUUAAAGUAAGGAUGAAAUUCCAAACUAGAGGAAAAAGUGGCUGUUAUUCUGACAUGGGGAUCAAGAAAAAAUUGUAUCAUGAUGAAACUUUAAAAACUUGUGAUAAAAAGAAGGAAUUUUAUGCUUCUUUGUGUAGAUAUCUCGUUUGUGUAUCUUUUAAACACAAUUGAUUUUAUGCUGUUUGAAUUGUUAUAAACUGAUCAGGGUAUGGUGAAAUAUACUCAGGUACAUAAUGUAUGCAUGCAUGUGUGUAAGAUGAUCAACAAUUAAGUUUGAACUUCUAUACUGUUAUAUGUUGUUUUUAAUCUCUUUGGGAAAGAAAUUAUACUGAAAAACAGUUUUGUUGCAUAGGUUUGUAACACUACAUAGAUCUGGAUCAAGAUGUACCCAUGAACAAGAUAUGAUUUUUAUCUCAAUUUGAAACUCUUCUUGAUGCAACACAUCUUUAUCAUACCCAGUUCAAAUUAAACAGAGAAAACUUUGUUUCUAGCCAGAGUUUCCUCUGGCCCUGACACCAUUCUUCAAUCUUAGACAUUUUGACAGAAAGAUUUAUGUGUGCCCACACCAGACAUCUACCUGUUAAGAUGUCUUAGUCUGGUGACGGGCCAGAGGAAACUUGGGCUAACUUUGUACAAGUCUGUUAUAUUAGAACAUGAACAAGUAACAAUUUUCAGUUCUAUGAUAUCGAUAGACACUUCCAAACUAAUUCAGGUUUGACAAUUUGUAAUAAUUUCAAUAAGCAGCAGUAUUAACUGUAUAUACAUGUACAUGUAUACACCUAUGACUAUAAUAAUGGUCUAUUUGAAACUGCUGUUAACUAUUUUUAGCUCAUCCUGCACAAAUAGCCUGAGGAGUUCAUGUUAUGGAGUAGUGUUCGUUGUCCUUCCAAAUGUGUUUACUUUUCUUCUAAAUAACCUUUAAGAGGCAUUGUGCAGAAGUGAUAGGUGUGAUCAUGCAAACCUGUUCAAAUGAAUGAACCUGAAAUAAAUCAAUGUUCUAUUAUUUAUACUCAUGUCUACCUUUGAGAGUACACUUGUAACAGCUUACUACCAAACACAUGUACAUAGCUGAUUCAGGAUAUAAUUUUAUAAUAAGAUCAUCUUGUGAUUGCAUUGAUUAUUUCAAGGAUUAAUGGUUUUUGCCUAUUAUUUCUUGUUUGCAUGUGUUUUAGUUACAGUAAAUUGUAUUCUGUUGGAAUAUACAAUGUACAUUGUAAAAGUUUAUAUUAUUCCAUCAAUAAAAGA